UGCACAUCCGGGUCCCUGCGCUGGCGUUAAUACAUGCAGGUCUCUCACGGAGAGGCUAGGGUAUAACUGAGGUUUAGGGGCUUUUUUUCCCUUCAAAAACAGCCCGACCAAAUACAACAGCAGAGCAACCGAUGGUAUCCGAGAUCAUUUUGCCGCCGCCGCACGGGUUGAAGUAAUGCGUCCCUGGCUCGUCCGGAGCGGAGAGCUGGUCUCUUUUUCGACCUGAGUGCGCUGAAGGCUGGUGUCGCCCCCCUCGCUCCGCAGCCUCGUCUUUCUCUCGGCGUUUCUCUUCGCGGGGAGCGAUCCCCCUCCUUGCUGCCGCCGCCUUUGUGUCUUUUUAAUAUCGCAAAGCUCAUUUCGGAUUGGGGUCAGAAGUCAGGCAGCCAUGGGAGCUUUUUUGGACAAGCCAAAGAUGGAGAAGCAUAAUGCCCACGGGGAGGGGAAUGGCCUCCGCUACGGCCUGAGCAGCAUGCAGGGCUGGAGGGUGGAGAUGGAGGAUGCCCACACGGCCGUCAUUGGCCUCCCCCAUGGCCUGGACUCGUGGUCCUUCUUUGCCGUGUACGACGGGCACGCCGGCUCGCAGGUGGCGCGCUACUGCUGCGAGCACCUGCUGGAGCACAUCACCAGCAACCCGGACUUCCGCGGUGGCGCUCCGGAGCCCUCGGUGGAGAGUGUGAAGACGGGCAUCCGGACGGGCUUCCUGCAGAUCGACGAGCACAUGCGCGCCAUCUCGGAGAAGAAGCACGGCGCCGACCGGAGCGGCUCCACCGCCGUGGGCGUCAUGGUGUCGCCCAAGCACGUCUACUUCAUCAACUGCGGCGACUCGCGGGGCCUGCUCAGCCGCAAGGGCAAGGUGCACUUCUUCACGCAGGACCACAAGCCCAGCAACCCGCUGGAGAAGGAGCGCAUCCAGAACGCCGGCGGCUCCGUCAUGAUCCAGCGCGUCAAUGGCUCGCUGGCCGUCUCUCGGGCGCUCGGCGACUUCGACUACAAGUGCGUCCAUGGCAAAGGCCCCACCGAGCAGCUGGUGUCGCCCGAGCCCGAGGUGUACGAGAUCGAGCGCUCGGAGGCGGAUGAUGAGUUCGUGGUGCUGGCGUGUGACGGCAUCUGGGACGUCAUGGCCAACGAGGAGCUCUGUGACUUUGUCAGGUCCCGGCUAGAGGUGACGGAGGACCUGGAGAAAGUCUGCAAUGAGAUUGUGGACACCUGUUUGUACAAGGGAAGCCGAGACAACAUGAGCGUGGUGCUGGUCUGCUUCCCCGGCGCGCCCAAGAUCUGUCCUGAAGCGGUGAAGAGAGAGGCGGAGCUGGAUAAGUACCUAGAGAGCAGAGUAGAAGAGAUCAUUAAGAAGCAGGGAGACGAAGGAGCGCCAGACUUAGUCCACGUGAUGCGUACGUUAGCCACGGAGAGCAUCCCCAACCUGCCACCAGGGGGCGAGCUGGCCAGCAAACGGAGUGUGGUUGAAGCAGUAUACAACAGACUCAACCCCUAUCGGAGUGACGACACAGACUCCGCCUCCACCGACGACAUGUGGUAACGCAGCCCUUACCCCACCUGGCCCCCCACCCCGCGCCGCGUUUUACUCACAGCCAUCUACAGCACCGAGACCUCCCGCACGGCACUCACCGGCCACCCCCCCUCCGCCCGCCCUCCGAGCGCUCGUUCAAAAGAAGGGAAAAAGCCACGGGGCAUGUGGGGGGGGGCGCAGGUUUGGAGAGGACGCUCAGAACAACCCCCGCUGUAGAGCAGCAACCUGCCCAGGAAGCCAGGAGCGCUCCUGUUCCCCUUUCAUGUCUCUUCCUCUCCCCUCUCCCCCUUCCGACCUCCCCGACCCAGGUAAACUGCAACCGCCACCAAGUGUAAAACAACGACGGUUAAUUGUCAUUGUCAUUUUUUUCCAGUCGGUUGGAAUGAUUCUUUGCUGUAAUUAAUCGGACUCAAGAUUUUUUUUCUGUGUGUGUGUGUGUGUGUGUGUGUGUGUGUGUGUGUGUGU